CACCGAUUAUGUAAUAGCGCUGCUGCACGCAGUUCGUCCAGUAGGACGCUGAUCCAAAAAGCAGCAGUUGUAUCCAUCCACGAUAACCGCUGACAUGCCGCCUGUGAAGCUCGAGAGUUCAGAUGAUGCCAAGCCUGCUGACAAAGCCAAGGAAGGCAUCAGGCAAGCAUUGAAGGGACUGGAGACAAUUGAACCUCUGGUCCGAUCUGUAGAAGAGACCCCUGAGCCAAUCUCCACUGAAGUACAAGGCACCAUUCCCUUCUGGAUCAACGGCAACCUCCUCCGCAAUGGCCCGGGGAAGUUUGAGUUUGGAAACACACACUACAACCACUGGUUUGACGGGAUGGCCAUGCUACACAAGUUCAAAAUCCACAAAGGCCAGGUGACGUACAUGAGUCGCUUCCUGCACAGCAAUGCCUACAAGAAGAAUAGUGAAAAGGACCGCAUCAUCAUGUCAGAAUUUGGUACCCUCGCCAUGCCAGACCCCUGUAAAAACUUAUUUCAGCGCUUCCUAUCCCGCUUUGAGAUGAUGGAGCCCACAGACAAUGCAAGUGUGAGCUUUGUGAAAUACAAGGGUGACUACUAUGUCAGCACGGAGACAAAUUUCAUCCAUAAAGUGAACCCAGACAACUUAGAAACAUUGGAAAAGGUAGACUGGAGCAAGUUCAUUGCUGUUAAUGGAGCCACCGCUCACCCACACUAUGACCCUGACGGUACCGCCUACAAUCUGGGCAACUCCUAUGGAAGCAAAGGAGCCCUGUACAACAUCAUCAAAGUGCCUCCUGAGAAGGCAGAUGCCAAAGAAACCCUACAUGGAGCCAAAAUACUUUGUUCUAUUGUGCCUGAAAACAAGUCCCAUCCUUCCUACUACCACAGCUUUGCCAUGUCGGAGAACUACGUGGUGUUCAUCGAGCAGCCAAUUAAGAUGGACCUUCUGAAGAUAGUCACAUGCAAGCUGAGGGGGAAGGCUUUGAGCGACGGCAUCUACUGGGAUCCCAAGCAGGAAACUGUCUUCCAUCUCGUUGACAAGCAUACAGGCGAGGUCAGCUCAGUGAAGUACCACACCAAAGCCAUCUCCACCUUCCAUCAGAUCAACGCCUUUGAGGAGGAUGGAUUCUUGAUGAUUGACUUGUGCUGCUCAGAUGACGGCGAAGCCAUCAACAACUACCUCAUCCAGAACUUGCGCAAGUCGGGAGACUCAUUAGAUGAGGUGUACAACACCAUGAGCAGGCCAUUCCCGAGGCGUUUUGUUCUUCCCCUUCACCUGAGCAGUGAAACUCCAACAGACCAAAACCUGAAUACGAGGCCCUCCAGUGCAGCAACGUGUGUCAAAAUCAGCAACGAUAAGGUGUUCUGCCAACACGAGGAUCUCCAUGGAGAUGACCUCCACGAAUACGGUGGCCUGGAGUUCCCUCAGAUCAACUACGGGAGAUGUAACACACGACAAUACCGUUAUUUCUAUGGCUGUGGCUUCAGACACCUGGUGGGAGACUCCCUGCUCAAGAUGGACCUGAAGGACAAGACGCUGAAGGUCUGGUACCAGAAGGGUUUCUUCCCGUCAGAGCCGACGUUUGUGCCGUCACCUGAUGCCGUGGACGAGGACGAUGGUAUCAUCCUCUCCGUGGUCCUCACCCCGUCACAGGAUAAAGGAACAUUCCUCCUGGUUUUGGAUGCAAAGACUUUUGAAGAGCUGGCAAGAGCCAGCGUGCCCGUUAACAUGGCUUACGGCUUCCAUGGUACCUUCAACGCCUCUGCAUAAACCUGUUUCUGUUACAUUUAUUAUAACCACUAUAUUCCUGAUGGUACGGAGUUACUGCUGCACCAUAUAAAGAUGGAUGCAGUGUUAUGUGACUGAAUGUUGUGGUACUUUUCUAAACUGAUCUGUGGUUUGUAGUAACAUCCAACACUACUGGAAUUGGAUUUUUUGAAGUGGGGUUGUAUGAGGUACUUAUCCAUACAACAGUAGAUGGCGGUCGGCACAAGUGGAUACAACUAUUUCAUUAUUAAUUUUUAUUAUAAUAAUAAUUACAACUAUUUUCAAACUGAAACUGGUACUCGGGAGUAGAUUCAUGAGUUAUUAUACUGAAGGCAUCAAACCUGUGAUUUUCAGGUUGGGGGAUGCUCCAAGUUCCCAAAUGAACACAUUAUUUUGUUAUUUGAACAAUGUUUACUUGAAUGACUUAUAAACUCUAUUUGCCAAUAAAAUUUUUACCUCUG